UAUGGGUUAUCUUUGAUCAGAACAAAGCCUUCCACACGAAUGUUCUUACCAAUGUUUAAGUCCUCCUCGAUGUAUAAUACUACAGCUCCGACUUACCCCCAAAAUCAACAGUAUCUCUACCCGGCGCCAAAUCAACAAUAUGUCCAGGCGGCGCCUUUUCCACAAUACGGCCGGGCGGCGCCUAAUCAACAAUUCGUGUCCCCGGGGACUGCAGGUCCCCAGUACACAGCAUACGUCCCGCAACAAGGCUACUCCACUCAGUACACAGGGUACCCAACCUCGAAUCCCAUGCCGCUCCCCGGCCAACCACAGGUGGUUUACGCG